AUGAGUGACCCGGGAAGGCUGUCGGAUACUGACGUUGAGAUGAAGCAAAGAGAUGAAUCAGACGUUGAGUUGAAGCAAAGAGAUGAAUCUGACGUCGAGACGAAGCAAAGAAAUGAGUCUGACGUUGAGACUGAGCAAAGAGGUGUGUCUGACGUCGAGACGAUGCAAAGAAAUGAGUCUGAUGUGGAAACGAAGCAGAGGGACGAUGAUGAAAUUACCAGCCACGGUCGCAGUAAGGAGAAUAGCGAUGAUGACGAGAAGCUCUGUGAUCGCGAUGAAGCUAGAUAUAAGAAGGAUAUCACAGGCUAUGGUCGCAGUAAGCGGGAUAGCGGUAAUGGAGAGAAAUGCUUUGAUCGCGAAGAAGCCAGAUCUAAGAAGGAUGUCGCAAACCAUGGUUGCAAUAAGGAGGAUAGUAGUGAUGAAGAAAAAUUCCAUGAUCGCGAAGAGGGUACAUACAAGGAGGAUAGCACUAGCCAUAGUCGCAGUAAAGAGAAUAGCGGUGAUGAAGAGAAAUUCUAUGAUCGCGAGGAAGCUAGAUCUAAGAAGGAUGAUGAAAAGAAAGAAAGUAAAAAGAAAAGAAACGUUAGUUUGGAGCGAAGCGAUAGUAAAGUUUCCCUGAAAGAUCGAGGAUCUGAUAGAAAGGAAGACAAGAAAGAAAAUCUACCCGAACGUAUUCGAGAAAAGGACGGUAAUGGCAAGGAAAGGAGAAGCCGCGAAGAAAUUAAAGAUCGAAAUGAUGAUAAACGCAGGGAUCGAAGUGAUCGCGGACGAUCCAGAUCGAGAGAUAGACGAGACGACAAGCGAUCAUCUGCUAGGGAGCGAGAAGAACGUGAACGACGGGAUCGAGACAGACGUCGUAGUUCCAUAGAACGACGAAGAGAGAGGAGUCCUGACAGGUACAAGGAACACCGUAGCUCAUCUCGCUCCUAUAAAGACAGAAGAGAUGAUAGAAGGUGGGCGCUUUCCUACCGUCAUUUGUACAACGAAAUAACGAUCUAUUUAUUUAAUCAACUCGAUGGAAUGUUCAGGGGAGAUUCAUAUCGUGAUAAAGAUAGGUAUCGAGACAGAUAUCGUGGACGACGUAGUCGAACGCCUGAACACCGAAGACGUAGUGACAGGAAAGACAAGUCCAAAGAUGACGAUGAUGAUAUUAUUCCGAACGUUGAAUGGAAUCUUGAGGAAGACUCAGAUAAUGAAGAGAAGAAAAUCCAGGAGCAGAGGGAACGAAGGCAAAGGCUCCUGCAGCAAAUGAAUAAAACAGAAGACAAGAACGACGUUAAGACAAAAAUUUAUUCCGAUGAAAGCUCAGAUGAAGAAGAUGCAUUGAUCAGAGAAGCUCGUCGUCUGGUUGGACCGAGUGGCGCUGGAAGUGAAAGCCCAAUGAGCAGCAGCGCUUUGUCUUCUCCCGAAAGAGACGCUGGUGAUAGUACGCCUGGUGAUUUCUUUGCCGAUCUGAAAGAGAAAAUGGUUCAUUUAAAGGGACUAGAUGAGCAUUUUGUUGACGAGACGUUGCAGAAGGCCAAAAAGGAAGAAGCAGACGAUGCUAAACGUGAAAGAGAAUAUCAUGCGAAUGAUACGCCCGUUGAACCUCCCAAACCGAUUCCCCCUCCUAAACCGGUAACGAAGACGAAGACAGAGUUCGAUAUGUUCGCUGACGAUGCAGACCUCCCACAGGAUGGAAUAGUUGCCGACGAAGCCGUAUUAGAGUCACAAGGACAUCAUGCCGACGCCUUAAAAGACAACUGGGACGAUGCGGAGGGCUAUUACCGAGUACGUAUUGGCGAAGUACUGGACGGCCGCUACAGAGUAUUCGGGUAUACCGGAGCAGGAGUGUUUGGAAAUGUGGUCAGGUGCACAGAUCAGAACCGAAAUGACGUGGUCGCAAUCAAGAUUAUUCGAAACAACGAGAUUAUGCGUAAAACAGGUCUCCGAGAAUUGGAAGUUUUACGUAAGUUGAAUGAAGCGGAUAGAGAAGACAGGUUUCACUGUCUGCAGCUGUAUAGGACGUUCAAUCAUCACAAUCAUCUUUGCCUUUGCUUCGAGAAUCUGAGCAUGAAUUUGCGAGAGCUCCUCAAGAAGUAUGGUAAUAAUGUUGGUCUACACAUGAAGGCUGUUAGAAGCUAUGCCCAUCAACUGCUAAUGGCUUUACGACUCCUCAAGAAAUGUGGUCUUGUCCAUGCCGAUAUUAAGCCCGACAAUAUUUUGGUGAACGAAUCCAAGCUGAUACUGAAGCUAUGCGAUUUUGGAUCAGCUGGACACGUGCGGGAUCAGGAGAUUGCCCCGUAUCUGGUUUCUCGAUUCUAUCGUGCGCCAGAAAUCAUGUUGGGUAUUCCUCAUGAUUAUGGUAUUGAUUUGUGGUCUAUCGCAGUGACUAUUUAUGAAGUUUACACGGGAAAAAUCAUGUUCCCAGGAAAAAGCAACAACCACAUGCUUAAGGUGUGUGUAAGCCUGAUUUUAUUGCCUCUUUUAAAAUCUCACAAUCUGUUAAAAACAUUGUUUGCCAAAAAACAAAUCACGGCUGCAAAACGUCAGAAUUGCAAUAAGUGGUCACUCACAGGAGCCUCAAUUUUGACCAAGACUUGA